AUGACAACGCUUCAUGAUAUGACACAUGAGUGCACGAUGUUAGGGAAAAUGGAGUCAACGGCAUGCGAUCCACAUCAUGAUGCGCCGCUUCCAGAAAUUUCUGGGGUAUCUUCUAUAGCCUCAGCACAGAGUGAGUCAGUGGAAAGUCCUGAGAACCAACAGCUCCGGGUUUAUCUGAGAGUUCGCCUUCUCAGCAAAGAGGAGCUGACCAAAAAUGAGGACCAGGGCUGUGUUGUGUUGGAAAGUCCUGAAACUGUCUUGCUUCAAGCUCCAAGGGGUUCUGGCUCCAUAAAGAGCAGUGAGAAAAACAUUAGUCAUCAACGACAGAAAUUCACUUUUUCUCAGAUCUUCAGGCCAGGAGUGACUCAAGCGGAUUUUUUUGAAGGCACCAUUAAGACUCAGGUGAAGGAGCUCCUUCGGGGGAAAAACUCCCUGGUGGUCAAUUACGGAGGCACUAACAGUGGAAAAACACACACUUUACAGGGGACCUCAAAAGACCCUGGGAUCCUACCACGUGCUCUGAGGGCAGUGUUUAGGCGUAUCUGCGGACGUCAGUACAAGCGUGCGGACCUGAAACCAUAUCUGAGCAAAGACAUUGAGCAGCUGGACGCCGACCAACUCAAAGCUGAGGAGAGCAGCAAAGAAACGCUAUUCAGCUCCCUCCAAGAGGUGCGCAACACAACCAAAUUUCUCUCUCUCUCUCUCUCUCUCUCUCUCUCUCUCUCUCUCUCUCUCUCUCUCUCUCUCUCUCUCUCUCUCUCUCCUUCUCCCUUCUCCUCCCCAGUGGACAGAGCUGAUAGAGUUGAUGACGGUGUGCCAUGUGUCUUCUCUGUGUGGGUGGCUUUCUAUGAGAUUUACAAUGAGAAAGUGUAUGAUCUCCUUCAGCCUUCACCCGCCACCAAAACCAAGAGACGCCCCUCGCUGCGAGUGUGUGAGGACGGUGCCGGAAACCCCUAUGUCAAAGAUCUGAGAUGGGUAAAUGUGCUUAGUGCAGAGGAGGCCAGUAAGAUCCUGCGUGUAGGAAAUAAGAACCUCACCGCCGCCAAGACGAGCCAACCCUCCAACAGAAGCCACAGCAUCUUCACAAUCAAACUACUCCGGAUCAGUGGAACCGACGUGCAGGGGAUAUCAGAGUUUUCUAUUUGUGACCUGCUCAGUCCCGAGAGGUGCAGCAAAGCGAGGACCCUGAGUGAAGGUCUGAGAGAAGGAGGGAACGGGAAGAAUUUGCUCGCGAUAUUGGGGAAGUGCAUCACCGCCCUCCGAAACAACCAGGGAGAUGGGUCAAAGAGCAGUUACGUCCCCUUUCGGGAGAGUAAGCUGACAUGGCUGUUUAAGGGUGUGUUUUGUGGGCGUGACCAAGCUUCCAUGAUUAUUAACAUAAACCCGUGUGCCUCUGCCUACGAGGAGACGCUGAAUGUUAUGAGGUUCUCGGCCAUCACCAAACAGGUGGUGCAGGUGUUUCAGCCCCGUUCUCUGGAGUCUCUGGCUCCACGCCUGGUUGGGCGGAAUGGGAAGCCGUUGCUAAGAAACGGGGUGAUUGACGACCAGGCGGUGGAUGACUGCCUAUCGGAGGAAGAGCUGCUGGACGGGGAGGAUGAGGCUGAUGUGUCAAUACUGCCACAGGAGGAACUGUUGAGUUUGGUGGAGAGCCUGCGUGUGAAGCUGUUGGCUGAGCGCAGGAAGAACCUGGUACAGGAGAUUGAGAUCCGUAAGGAGAUGGGCGACAUCAUGCUCCAGCAAAUUAUGGAGUGUGAGGAGCUCCACAGCCGACAGAUAGCAGAUCUAAAGGAGAGUCAUGAGGAGAAAAUGACGAGCACGUUUGAGAUGUAUAAGGAGGCGCUGAAGGAGCACGCAUACCAAUGUGCCGUGGAGGAACAGGGAGAUGACUAUGUACCUGUGGAGGAGUACACGGCUGAACAGGAGCGGGUAAAGGAGCUGCAGAGGAGACUGGUGGAGCUGGAACAGGACUGUCAGGAACCUAAAACUGGUUCCCACACGGUUCUCACCAAGGAGAACGCUGCCCAGACUUCACCCCACACCCCUUCGCAGGAUUCAGCGGAUACUGUGCGUUACAAAUUGCUCUAUAAGGAGAAGUGCGCUGUAGAGCAGCUUUGUGGAGAGAAGCAGGAGCUGAUUGUGUCUUUAGAGAGUCGUAUCAGAGAGCUGAAUGAGACAUUGCAUGAGGCUGGAGAGAGUUACAUGGAGAAACUUGCUGAAGUCAAACAAUUAGAAAACAGUCUCGCCUACGAGGAGCAAGAAAUUAACCGUAUUCAAAGUGAUGUCGCAGAGAAAGAGGCGGAGCUGACCGCCCUGAGGGAGGAGCUAGCCAGACUGUCCCACGAAUCGGUGGGGCCGUCGAGGCCAAGACGAGGACUACUAGCGAACAUCAAAGAGACGGUGACAUCACCACGAAACGCGUCUCUGUGCCGCACGUUCCGGAAAUCUGUGAGAGCCACAUCGACUCUCAGGAAGAAAACCUAG